AUGUCUGCCACCGCAGGAAAGACCAUCACUUGCAAGGCCGCCGUCGCCUGGGAGGCCGGUAAGCCCCUGAGCAUCGAGGACAUCGAAGUCGCCCCGCCCAAGGCCCACGAGGUCCGUAUCGAGAUCUAUUACACUGGUGUCUGCCACACAGAUGCCUACACUCUCUCCGGCAAGGACCCCGAGGGCGCUUUCCCCAUCGUCUUGGGCCAUGAGGGCGCCGGCAUCGUCGAGUCCGUUGGCGAGGGAGUCACUAACGUGAAGCCCGGUGACCACGUCGUCGCCCUCUACACCCCAGAGUGCCAGGAGUGCAAGUUCUGCAAGUCCGGCAAGACCAACCUCUGCGGCAAGAUCCGCGCCACCCAAGGCAAGGGCGUCAUGCCCGACGGCACCUCGCGCUUCAAGUGCAACGGUAUUGAUCUGCUGCACUUCAUGGGCACCUCCACCUUCUCCCAGUACACUGUCGUCGCCGACAUCUCCGUUGUUGCCGUCCAGCAAGACGCCCCCAUGGACCGCACUUGCCUGCUCGGCUGCGGCAUCACCACGGGCUACGGUGCCGCCAAGAUCACCGCCAACGUCCAGGAGGGCGACAAGGUCGCCGUCUUCGGCGCCGGUUGCGUCGGCUUGUCCGUCGUUCAGGGCGCAGUUGUCAACAAGGCCAGCCAGAUUAUCGUCGUCGACGUUAACCCUAACAAGGAGGAGUGGGCGAGGAAGUUCGGCGCCACCGACUUCGUCAACCCCACCAAGCUCGGGGACGAGUCCGUUGUUGACAGGCUCAUCGAGAUGACGGACGGCGGGUGCGACUUCACCUUCGACUGCACCGGCAACGUCAGCGUCAUGCGUGCCGCCCUGGAGGCCUGCCACAAGGGCUGGGGCCAGAGCAUCAUCAUUGGUGUCGCUGCCGCUGGUCAGGAGAUCUCCACGCGGCCGUUCCAGCUCGUCACCGGCCGCGUCUGGAAGGGCUGCGCAUUCGGCGGUGUCAAGGGCCGCUCCCAGCUUCCCGGUCUCGUAUCGGACUAUCUCAAGGGCGCCCUCAAGGUGGACGAGUUCAUCACGCACAGGAAGACACUGGGCGAGAUGAACAAUGCAUUCGAGACCAUGAAGCAGGGCGAUUGCAUCAGAGCCGUAGUCGACAUGCGCAAGUAA